AAGGACACGCCUGGGCUGUUCAACAGCCUCUGCCCCAAGUAUGAGCGUUUCCAGAAACCCUUCCCUGAUUCUGACAUGAAUUCUGAUGCUUGCUGAACCCCAACUGCUGGCUUCCAGGAGCGGUACUAGGGAGCCCUGAGGAGUCGCUGCUCAGGAGCAGCCAGCCCUUGAAUCCACCAUGAACUGGAGUGUCUUUGAGGGGCUCCUAAGUGGGGUCAAUAAGUACUCCACUGCCUUUGGCCGCAUCUGGCUGUCUCUGGUCUUUGUCUUCCGAGUACUGGUGUACCUGGUGACAGUGGAGCGUGUGUGGGGUGAAGACCAGAAGGAUUUUGACUGCAACACCAGGCAACCAGGCUGUACUAACGUCUGCUUUGAUGAUUUCUUCCCUGUGUCUCAUGUGCGCCUCUGGGCUUUGCAGCUUAUCCUGGUCACAUGCCCCUCCCUGCUUGUGGUUAUGCAUGUGGCCUAUCGCAAGGCUCGAGAGAAGAAGUACCAAGAAGAAGUUGGCAAGGGACACCUUUAUCUGUACCCUGGCAAGAAGCGGGGUGGGCUCUGGUGGACAUAUGUCUGCAGCCUGUUGUUUAAGGCCGGUAUAGAUGUUGUUUUCCUCUACGUAUUCCAUGCAUAUUACCCCCAAUAUACCCUCCCCUCUGUGGUCAAGUGCCGUUCGGCACCCUGUCCCAACACAGUGGACUGCUUCAUCUCUAAGCCCUCAGAGAAAAACAUCUUCAUCAUCUUCAUGCUGGUCACCGCCGUCAUCUGCAUCCUGCUUAACCUUGUGGAGCUGGCCUACCUGGUGAUUAAGCGGUGUUCUGAGUGCAUGGAAUCGCAGCGAGCGCUCACUGCACGCCCAGAGCACGACCCAAACUGGGCCAACUCUUCCAGCAAACAGAAGGACUUCCUUGCAGGAGACCUCAUCUUCCUGGGCUCAGACACCCACCCAACUCUCUCACCAGACCACCCCAGGGCCCAUGUGAAAAAAACCAUCCUGUGAAGGGUCCCUAGGCUGGAUUGGCAGGGUGGGCAUGAAUUGGAAGGUUCCAGUGACUCUCGUGGAUGUAUCUGGUCAGGGGAAGAGCUGAGCUGGAACUGGAGGCAGCUUGGAAUCCAAUUGUCCCUCUGCUCCAGGCCACUUGUCUCAGCUGAGUGGCCUUCAUUGAAUUACCCCUCUGUUUCAUACCUCAGUUUCCUUUUCUGUUAAAUAAACAUGCUGAGUGCCACUUAACAGGGCUUCAUGAAGGCACAGAUGAGCAAAUGCCUUCCAUAUGUGUGGCCCAGGGUGAAAAAUUAAUAAAGAUAAAUGUGUUCACAGA